AUGACCGGUUUAGAUUUAUUUUUGGGUCAUGACCAAGAUUUCAAAACUGCACCUUUCCACAAUUCCAAUUUGAAGCCGCUUUUCAUCACUUCCGUGACGGUAGAUGGCGACAACAGAUCUAGUCCGUUGUCGGACGCCAUGUUCAAGUCGGUGCUUGAACCGGUACUUUCGCAGCCCUUGCUAACUUUGGAGCAAUCAGUGGCCCAUUUUUCAGACAUUAAGCGCAAAUUGGUAUUUACCGGACUUUUCAAAGACGUAAAAGUGGUUUUGGACAAAGAAGCAGAUGCAUCAAGAUUAGACAGACUUCCAGAAGAUGCCAUAAGGGAUUAUAGUCUCGAAAGUCCAAUUCCAACAGCCGCUAAAAUUGUUCUUGCACCCAUGGAGUGGAACAAAGUCACCGCCACCUCUACAACCAGCGAUUCAAUCUCUGCGUUUGGAAGUCGUUAUUCAGUGAUAAAUGCUCUUGGAAGGGCUGAAAUCUUAACGCUGCAAAACCAGGUCAGAUUUGUACCUUUCAAAGGCUCUGUGGAUGAAAAUACGCUAGAGGCCAAAUUUAUGGUUCCCCUUCAAAAAAAUCCAUCUGUCAAGGCUGUGAUUGAUGCCAACUAUGCUAAAAUCGAUCUCCGCGACGCGAAAUUUCUCGAGUCUCAAGACCGCACACUACAAAACCAGGCAUCUGUCAACAUUGGAGUACAAAAGGCAUGGCUCUCGGGCAAAUUCAAGUGUAUUCCUACUUUUUACAACGGCCUUUCUAUCGUGGCCAGAAAUUUCAAAGAUCCUUUAUCGGCUACUGCAGCUGAUAGUCCAUAUGUGAAAAACAGCUUAGUGUCUCAACUUCUGUUUGACAACAGACAGUUUUUCGGACUAUUUCCAUCAUCUGGUGUGAAACUUGCUGUGAACAAUGAAUAUGUGCUUUCGCAAAAGCAGGAUUUUAACACAGGUGAUGAGGGUAGCUUCAACAAGUUUGCACUCACGCUACAGGCGCAGCGCUCAUUUUUCAAAAACAAAGUGAUCAACUCGCUAGAUUUUGCUCUUGGAGGAAUAAUUAGUCUUGGCGAAACUGCAAGUAAAGUUCACCAUAUGGACAGGUUUUACUUGGGCGGACUGUCAAGUCUAAAGGGUUUCAACCGGAACGAGGUCGGGACAAAGGGUGGUGAUUUUUUCUAUAAGCUACAGUUGGCUUCUUCCUUCAAGCUUCCCAGCACUCCAGCUAACUCCCCAUUGCGUCUUCAAUUCUUCCUCAAUGGCGGAGAUGUUACGACAGGAAAACCUUCCACCUUUUCCUAUGCAGCCAGUUCAGGGCUUUCGCUACUUUACAAGAGUUCCGUGGCAAACAUGGAUCUGACAUAUGCACUACCCAUCACCAACAGAGUCCAGGAUGUGGCAAAACCGGGUUUCUCCUUUGGAGUUUCUUUGUCACUAUUCUGA